AUGGAGGGCUUGAAGAAAAAGAUUUUUGGUGUAUGCCUGAAAAACGAAUUAGCAGAGGACAGGUAUGAGACGAAAGGAAUACAUUAUACUUUGAUAACUGCGGAAGCUUCUAAACAACUGGAAGAAUUUCUCAGCUCACUACUAAUAAAAAGAGAGAUAAUUCAAAAUUUUGAGCUGUUAUUUCACAUCGUCAAUCUUGCCGUUAAGAUUACGGAUGCAAAUCUCCCCAAUAAUAAUAUUUGGCAUUCAAUUUUAAGAUUAAAGUUUUCAUCUGAAAUUAAGGUAGUUGAGGAUUGUAAAGUUUUGAAUUAUUUGGUCGAGAUUGGAAUCGCAAUAGAGAAUCCAAUUAGUUGGAAAUGCCUGGCUGUUGUCUGCAGCAUCCUGGGCAGUGUUCCUCGAUCCAAAAUGGUUAUAACCAAGUUAAUUGAAGUUGAGUUUGCGGAAAAAAUUGGUCAGCUAUUUGAUAACAUCCAUGAUUUGCAACAAGGUAAUUUUUUAAUGGAAAUCCUCUCAAACUGUUUUGUCAAAAGUGCUUUGAAUGGCAAAAAAGUUGAAAGGAUACCACAGAUAUGGCAAACUAGGUCCAAAAACAAGUCUUUUUUUGAAAAUAAAUCCUAUCCUUUUAGGUGCAAAAACGGGAACUCGAAAACCUGCGAGUUUCUUUGCAAUAAUUUCAUGUCAACUUUGUCUUCCACGGGAAUUUUAAAACAGGUUUCGUAUAGUGGCUCGGAUUCAUUGAAAAACAUCCGUAUGUUCAAGAAAAAAGAAGAGUGCGGCAAUAGUACUUACUUCAUUCAAUGCAUCUAUAAUAAAAUUUAUCUUUGGUUAGACGAAAAAGGCCUUCUGGAAUUUGAGAGGAAAAACGUUAGGAUUAUCAAAAACUUGAAAAAUAAGAUUCAAAUCAGAUUAAAACUUCCCUUUCAUGAGUGUGCAAACACAACCGCUGAUGAUAUAGCAAUCCUUUUUAACAAAACAAGAGGAUUUCAACUAGAGUUUGAAAAUGAAAAAUCGGGUGAGUUGUUUUUCCUAAAUGUUAACAAUGUACCCAAAAUAAGUGAAGUACAAAACUUUUUGGUGUUAGACUAUAUUGAAGAAGAGCCAGAAGAUGAAGAUGAAGAGGAAGAGCAAAGCGGGAAACCAGGUGAGCAGAUAGAAGGUGAGGAUGAUGAAUCUCUCGAUGAAUUAUCCACUUCCAUGUCAUACCCGAUAAAAUCAUCAUUUCCUAACAACCGUAGCGAAAAGGUUCAGCUAGCCACUCCUGACCGUUCUAUUUCUAUAAGAUCUGAUGAGUGGGAUCUAAAGUCGAAUACUGAAGACGAAGGAGGCGAUGUUGCUCUCCCAGAUGUCAAAAUAAGCACCGCCAAAGAGAUAAAGAAGCAAAGCGGUUGUGUCCAUAUUGACUCAGAAGAUCAUUCACCAAUAGUAUCCGCUCAAAUAAGGAAAAUGAGAAGAGAGUCUACGAAGACGCUAGAAAUUUUAAGGCAGGAGUUUGAGGAUAAAGAAGUACGAAACCAAAAAGACUUGCCCGAGCAGGUACAAUCGCCAUUUUCGAAUACUUCCUCUAUUAUUGUUGGUGAAUCAAGCAUUAUAAAGCGUAAAGAAAAGUUUGAUAUUGACCAAAAAGUGAUUGAAACCGCAAAGUUAACAUCAAAUGCUUCCAUUAAAAAAAGAGAUAUCAAUAUUCUUGACACUAUAUUUGGACAACCUCAGCCUAAGAAGCCAAAAAAAUUCCACAGAAAGGAUAAGAAGCAACAAAAAACGCUAACAAAUUUCAAGCCCAUUAUUGACGUACCUUCGCAAGAUAAACGAAUUCUUAGAUCAAAUGCCCCAAGCAAACCUAAACCCAUAAAAAUAAGCAAGCUUCGUACCCUUAGAAAUGUAAAAGAAGGAAAAUUGAAUGAACCCAAUGCCGAAGCUGCCACACAUAAUGAUCACACAGUGCACACAAGCAGCGAUGUAACAGUAAGUGGCAUAACUAAAAAAAAAGAUAAAGCUAUCAAUGAAGAGCAUGGUAAACUUCAGGAAAAGUGCUCUCUGGAUGUCAAUGUUGGUAAGGAUAUUAUCAAAAAUGAUACUAAAAUAUCGCAUGAAUCAAAAGACAACGAAACGUUUAUCAAUUCCAGUGUAAUAGAAAAUCAUACGCCACCGAAUAAAGAUUGCAACAUUACAAAUAUUUUGGAAUCCACUACAGUUGUCGGCCUAUUUUCACCGCAGGAAUCCUCUGCUCCUGGCCAGAAUUCGUUUACAAAUAAACUACAAGAACAAAUUUAUAGUUCAAUCAAUCAUUUUUCCAACGAAUUGGUGAGAAAAAUUUCAAUAAUAAAUCAAGAGUUAAAUACCAAAAUCUUGAAAGAGUUAUCGGAAAAAUAUCAAAAAUUAUUCUCUGAAUUACAAGAUAGUUUCCAGAAUGAUACCAAUGAGAUGCUCAAAUUCAUGGGAGAAAUUAAAGACAUGAUUAAUCUCCCUGAAGAUCAGUUAAUUCACGCUAUUAGGACCAGGAAAUUUAACAGUAAUGAGAAGUAA